UCUCUCGGUGUCUUUUUCAGGGCGCAGUGCACCUGUGGCGAGAGCUCUGGGCAGGAGAGUGGAGACUUGUGAUCCCCGCUCUGCUUGCUCCUUGUAAUUCUCUGCUUCCUUCUGGGCGUCUGUGACCAAGGCAUUUUCUCCUCUCUGUUUUCCCCUCCAAGUCCCUGGGUAGUGCGAACGAUUCACACGCUUGACUGCUAACAGAGAGAGAGGUUGGAGGCUGGAGUCCACCUGAGGCGCCUCGGAAGAAAGGCCUGGAGAUCUACUUCCCAUAAAUCAGCCAUUGAAAACCCUGUGGAGCACAGUUCUACUCGGACACACACAGGGUCGCCAUGAGUCAGAAUUGAUGAGACAGUUAACUGGUAACUGGUGUCCUCAUCGGUUAAUCACAGUGUGAUGGUGGUGGUCGUGGUUGUCAUUCACUCUGUAGAGUAGCUGGGCAUUGCAGGGGAUUAACGCUAGACCUGAAAGUAUCUUAUCAUUGUAAACUUUGUGUGGGUUUGCAAAGUGACUGCUUUGUUCGGGAGACAUUUACUGAGCACGUUUACAGUGCUGGCUUGUGGCAGUGCCAAGAAGACCGGUCCUGCUCUGCCUGCCAGAAGUUACAGACACUGGUCAGCAGCCCUGGAGCCUGGCACUGUCACCUAGUGGGGUGUGGAGAUGGACAGUCAAUGUCGCCUGCAAACAAACUCCAAGGUAAGAAACGGAGGCAAGAGUCAGUGAAGCUGAAGAGAAAUUGGACGUUCCUCUUGGCUCCAUAAGUACUGAUGGAUCAUGGCAGGAAAAGUAAAGUGGGUCACCGAUAUCGAGAAGUCGGUGUUGAUAAAUAACUUCGAAAAGAGAGGAUGGAUUCAAGUGACAGAAAACGAGGAUUGGAAUUUUUACUGGAUGAGUGUGCAGACAAUCCGAAAUGUUUUUAGUGUCGAAACUGGAUAUCGGCUUUCAGACGACCAAAUAGUCAACCAUUUUCCAAACCACUAUGAGCUGACCCGGAAGGAUCUGAUGGUGAAGAAUAUCAAAAGAUACAGAAAAGAGCUGGAGAAGGAAGGGAGCCCUCUGGCCGAAAAAGAUGAAAAUGGGAAAUACCUUUACCUGGACUUCGUUCCGGUCACCUACAUGCUACCAGCAGACUACAACCUGUUUGUCGAGGAGUUCAGGAAAAGCCCCUCCAGCACCUGGAUCAUGAAGCCUUGUGGCAAAGCCCAGGGAAAGGGUAUCUUCCUCAUCAACAAGCUCUCACAGAUCAAAAAGUGGUCCCGGGACAGCAAGACGUCCUCGUUUGUGUCUCAGUCGAGUAAGGAAGCCUACGUGAUCUCUCUCUAUAUCAACAACCCGCUGCUAAUUGGCGGGAGGAAGUUUGACCUGCGCUUGUAUGUCCUGGUGUCCACGUACCGGCCCCUGCGCUGUUACAUGUACAAACUUGGAUUUUGUCGAUUUUGCACCGUCAAGUACACCCCGAGCACCAGUGAGCUGGAUAACAUGUUUGUUCACCUCACCAACGUGGCCAUUCAGAAACACGGAGACGACUACAACCACAUCCACGGCGGCAAGUGGACCGUGAGCAACCUGCGACUCUACCUGGAGAGCACCCGUGGCAAGGAGGUCACCAGCAAGCUGUUCGACGAGAUCCACUGGAUCAUCGUGCAGUCCCUGAAGGCCGUGGCGCCGGUGAUGAACAACGACAAGCACUGCUUCGAGUGUUACGGCUACGACAUCAUCAUCGACGACAGGCUGAAGCCCUGGCUGAUUGAGGUGAAUGCCUCCCCGUCUCUCACCUCCAGCACUGCCAACGAUCGAAUCCUAAAGUACAACUUGAUUAACGACACCCUCAAUAUUGCGGUCCCUAAUGGCGAAAUUCCAGACUGCAAAUGGAACAAGUCACCCCCAAAGGAAGUCCUUGGCAAUUAUGAAAUUCUGUACGAUGAGGAGCUGGCCCAGGGGGAUGGGGCUGACCGGGAGCUGAGAAGUCGUCCAGGGCAGUCACUGGGGCCCAAAGGCAGCCGGUCGAGGGAUUCAGGGAGAACCGUCCUCACAACCUGGAAGUAACGGCCACCGAGAGAGAACCAGCCAGACUCUGACUGGGCCCGUCAGAAGUUGCUGCCUACCCUGGGCCGGGAGGAAGCCUUACUUUGAAAAUUUCCUUUUUCUAUAGCUUUUUUCCUUUCCUAAGCGCUGUAAAUGAGUAAAGGCACUUGUUUGGAAGGCUAAGGAGUAGCUCUCAUCAGGGCUGAAGGUGCGAAGACAUAGGAACUGAUGAAAUUCACCUGCUCAAGAGAAAGUAACAGUUUUGGCAUCCGACUUAGUUUAUUAUAAGGUAUUCAUGUUUUUUAAAAUUUGCUCUAAAUUAAAAGCAAAGACAAAACCUCUGAAUAUCUUCAAGAGCAAUGUUGGUGCAAGAAAGUAAUGUAUUUAAUCUGACAGCUAUCCUGGUUUCAUUCCUUUUGUACUUGACUAUGAUUUUGAAGAAAACAGGCAACUAGACAUUUUCCUCAGUAAUCUGUCUUCCCAAAGACUUCCAGAAGAUACCUGUUUCUGUCACCUGUGCUUCAUAUACAAGUCUGUCACGGAUUUAAACAGAUGAGCACAGAUUCCUCUGUGAGGCUGACGGUGACAGCAGGCAUCCGGGUUCACUGCAGAUUCGAAGGUGAGCACUGUUGGCAGGCGUCGGCGAGGAGACACUGCGGGAUGCGCUGUGUUUACAUGGGGCCUUUCUGGACACUGGCGACUCCCAGAAAAACAGAAUCCGAGUCUAGGUUAGAGUGGUUGGCGCAUCCGGUAAUUCCUGGGAUGGGAGUGUUAGUAACAGCCCGCCUUGAGGGCCUUCACUGCCAUUCACAUCUGACACUUGUUCACUGCUUUGAAUUUCUCUUUAAAACGCACUGACUUUUGUUAUGGUGUCAGUAACGGAAUUUUGUGCUCACAGUACUUUGCUGAGUACGUUCUUCAUACAGAGGUCGUUACCUGAUCGUCGGGUCCCGCUGUCUCCAUACCUGCGUAUGAACAUGUGUCAGUGUUACCUGUGUACGUGUUACCUGUCGUGCGUGUGUGUGUGUGUGCCCAUGCACGUCCACGUAUUUUUAAUGGUUUCACUGCCAGGGGAAAAGCCCUUUCAUAUAGAUAUGGUAGAGUUUCAAGUGAGAGGAGCAUAAUACAAAUGUAAUUAGCCAGAAUCCAAAUAAACUACAGUUUU